UGAUUGUUUUGAUUGAAAUAACAAUUAAAUUGUAUUGAAAUGAUUGUCACAACUGUUUUGAUGACAAUAACAACUAUUAUAGGCUAUAGUUAUAGCAUUAAACUUACGCCCAUUGCCUCAGUGUUAGGGCUCUCCAACACUACAACAAUACCUGUGCUUUACAUACAUUAGUCAUUAUAAUGAUAGUUGUGGUCACUGUUUGAGGUUAUUAUACAUCAAAUGAAUGUCCAAAACAUAUAUUAUAUGAAAAAUAGACAACAGUUUUAUGUGGAUCUGUGUGAAUGUGUUGUCUAUAAACGAUGUUUAAGUUUAUAAGAGGAAAGUCGGGUCAGACCAGUGCUGAUCGUCUUAAGAUUCAGAAGGAAUUAUUUGCUUUUCAUAAAACUGCAAUCCAUGGCUUUCCUAACCAUCCGAGUGCUGUCUCAUAUGACCAUCAAUUGUCAUUACUUGCAAUUGGCACCAAAAAUGGAUUAAUUAGAGUUUAUGGUUCCCCUGGAGUUGAAUUUUAUGCACAAAUUGAAAAUGAGUCCGAAAUAAGAAAAAUACUAUUUCUCGAAAAUAGGGCUCAAUUUAUAACACUUUCAUCUGAUAAUUGUUUACAUUUGUGGGAAAUUAAUACAAAAGAAACACAAAAUAAUGUAAAGAUUGGAGAGAUUGAGUGCAUCAAGACUUGCAAUUUUUUUCUCACCGAAGCUUCCAAAGAGGGUUCACUCAAACAAAUCACAACAAUUACUUUGAAUUCAAAUUUCGAUUUACUAUUAAUUGGUACUCAAAGUGGAAACACUUAUUUAUUAGAUGUCGAUAAGUUUGAUCUAAAUGAUCAAAUCAUAUACCAAGAUGUGGUCCUUCAAAACGUACCGGAUGAUUAUAAAUUUAAUCCGGGAUCAGUUGAAGUGAUUGCUGAACAACCAUCGAUUGCUAAUAAAUUUCUUAUUGGAUAUAACAGAGGUCUUCUUGUUCUUUGGAAUAAUGAAACCUUAUCUGCAGAUAAUUAUUAUGUCGCGACUCAGCAACUCGAGUCUGUUUAUUGGCUUUCCGACGGCCAACAGUUUAUUAGCGCCCAUAACGAUGGCUCAUAUAUUGUCUGGAAAGCAUCGGACAAAUUACAUGCUAGCGAACCACCAAAGAUACCUUACGGACCAUUUCCUUGUAAAGCUAUCAAUAAAAUUAUUUGGAAAACAGUUCAAAAUAGUGAUGAUUUAAUAAUAUUCAGUGGAGGUAUGCCACGAGCCACUCAUAAUGAUAAGUAUUCGGUAUCAAUAUUUCAAGGAACUCCCGAAAGUGGUAAACAUCAUGUCCUCGAUUUUACUUCAAAAGUAAUUGAUUUCUUGGUUAUUGAUUCGCGUUUGAACUCAAAAGAAUAUGAUAAUCCAUCAACUCUUGUGGUAUUAGUUGAGGAGGAAAUAGUUAUUAUAGAUCUAACACAUCCAGAUUGGCUUCAACAUAAACUUCCGUACUUAUCAAGUGUUCACUCGUCAGCCAUAACUUGUUGUCAACAUUAUAGCUGUGUUUCCGAUAAAAUAUACCAAAGUAUUGUUGACGCGGGAAGAGUACAAAUGUCAUCAAAAUUUACAGUAAAAGAAUGGCCUAUAAAUGGUGGCCAAAAUAAUGUAAAGACUACAGCUUUAACUCACGAUAUAUUAGUGACCGGUCAUGAAGAUGGAAGUAUACGAUUUUGGGACUCGACUUCAGUUUCUCUCAAACAUUUAUAUACUUUGAUGACCAGCAAAUUUUUUCUGGCCAGCGAUGAUGAUAUUGCACUCAUUGAUAGUGACGAUAAUCCUAAUAACGAGGCCAACGCUGAAGAUGAGUGGCCACCCUUUAGAAAAGUGGGUACCUUUGAUCCAUACAGUGAUGACCCGAGAUUUGCUGUUAGGAAGAUAGCUCUUUGUGUUUAUACUGGAACUCUAGUAAUUGGAGGAACAGCCGGUCAAGUAAUUGUAUUUGACUUUAAUGGAGAAUCACUAGAAAAACCAUUAUCUAGUAGUUUGUUGAAUAUUGUCGGAGAUAAAGAUGGAUUUGUUUGGAAGGGACACUCACAGCUUACUUCCAAAAGUGGAAAUAUUAAGUUUGAAGUGGGAUAUCAACCAUCGAGUAUUGUUCAACUUCAACCUCCCGCUGCCAUCACUGCAUUAUCUCUGUAUUCUGAAUGGGGACUUAUUGCUGCUGGAACUGCUCAUGGAUUUGUUAUGUUUGAUUAUCAAUCUCGGAAAAGUGUUUUAACCAAAACAACACUAAAUCCACACGAUUUGAUGGGUGCUGCCGGAGGAGAUGCUAUAAUUACUAGACGUAAAUCUUUUAAAAAAAGUUUACGCGAAUCGUUUCGCAGACUAAGAAAAGGACGAUCACAAAGAGGUGACAAAAGAGCUGCUUCUCCAUCAUCAACAGCUGCCUCAUCUACAUCGCCAUCAAAGUCUAUAGAAGAGGGAAGAAAGUCACCCAAAGGAGAGAUUAUUCAACUCGAAACCAAACCCGUUGAGAGACAAAUUGAGGCCCGAUCUGCUGAUGAUGCCAUGGGAUCAAUGGUUCGCUGCUUAUACUUUUCAAAUGCAUUUAUUAUUAACAAUUCUACUCAAACACCAACUCUUUGGGCCGCAACUAACGCUGGAAAUGUUUUAAUUUAUACCAUAGUUAUGCCAUCCGAUGAUAAAAGAGUCUCUGAAGAUGUUAGCACUCAAUUAGCAAAAGAAAUACAUUUGAAACAUAAGGCACCUAUAGUUGCAAUUCAAAUAAUUGAUGGAAAUGGUAUACCUCUUCCUGAUUCAUAUGAAGUUCAAAAAGGUGUCGCAAAGAUCCCAACUUCAAGUGGACAUCGGGUUCUUAUUUGUUCUGAAGAACAGUUUAAAUUGUUUAAUCUCCCAAAUCUCAAACCAUUAAAUAAGUUUAAACUGACAGCACAUGAAGGCGCCAGAGCUCGACGUAUAUCUGUAGCAGAGUUUGGCAGCAAAAGUAACGACAAUCACAUUGAAUAUCAUUUACUUUGUCUCUCAAAUCAGGGCGAUAUCGGAGUCCUUUCGAUACCCGAAUUAAAGCGUCAAAUUCAGACUCAUUGUACCAAAAGAGAGGAUAUUAACGGAAUAUCAAGUUUAGUGUUUACACGAAAUGGAGAGGGAUUUUAUUUGCACUCUUCCAGUGAAUUCAGACGGUUCUCAUUAUCGGCCAAACAUAUAAUUGAACCAAUUUGUACCAUUGAAUUACCAGAAGGUGUCCGUCCUAUCAAACCUAUUGCACAAAUUCCUCCAAUUGCUGCCGCAUCUGUCGUUAAUGAUAUUAAUGAAAAUACUAACAAAGAGACCAAUGAAACAACAAAUACUAUGAUUGAAGACAAUAAACUUGAAAAUAAUGAUCAAAGUAAAGGAAAUGAAAGAGAAGUUAUUGAGAAACAAAUUGAUGAAGAAAAACAAGAGACACCAAACGAUUGUACUGAAAAGUCGAUGCCUACGAGCGGUAUUGACGAGUCUCCUAUCAGUCACAAUGAAUUUGAAUCACAAGAUGGCAACGAUAAUCAAGAUAUUGGUGACGAAAAUCAAGAUAUUAUUGACGAAAAUCAAGAGAUUGUUGACGAUCUUGAAGUGGAUCACCAGGAAAUAGAAGAGGUUGUAACCAAUGGAAAUACUGUCAAUAAUGGUAUUAAUGGUGACAAUGACUCAGAAUCAGCUGAUUCACAAUUAGAAGCUGAUGUCGACGUUUCAAAUGUAACGUUUGAAAGUUCAGUCAAAACCAACUCUUUGGAUAUUACCAUUGAUAGCGUUAAAGAUCACAUUACAAAUUUAAGCAUUUCUGAUGCAUCGGAACUAAAUGAGAUAAAGAAAAGUCCGUCACCCGUUCCUCCCAUAUCUACCGAAUCGCAUCCUAUAAUUAAUUCACACGAAGAUUAAAUUGACAUAAUUUGGCACACUUUCAUCAACUUUGGGAACUAUUGUAUUUUAUUUUAUUAAACAAUUUUA